AGUCGAUGAGCGCUUCAGCGACUGCGCCCCAGACCCUUUGACUGUUCACACAGCGCUCUCACCCAUCGAACCGAUCCGUUGAACAAACGGCCUCUUCGAUUACACUAUACUAUACGAUACUGAUCUGAUCAGGUACCUAGUUCUGAACGAGUUAUUGACCGUUUGGUGUACCGGGAUCCACCGUGAUGGGGAACCCGCCAGGUCAGAUUGAGCUACCUUCGCGGACGGGCGAAGGAGCAAGGAUUGCGAUACCGUCUCCCCGAGUCGAACACUUCGAUGGCGAGAUCCCUCCAGCCCUGUCUCCGCUGGAUGCGUUCGCCGCCCAGGGACGACUGUUGGCCAAGCAACUCGAUGAGUCGAUGCGAAGAGACCGGCGCCUGAGCCGGUUACCACCCUCCAGCGUCGCAAGAUCUUUGUCGCGACCAAGGCCAGGAUACUUCCGUUCUCCUUCGUCAGCAGGGUCGCAUGCGACCAAAAGUCCCGAUCAUGGCAGCAGUCCGGAGGUCGAAGAGCCGAGAUUCAGACCGCAGUCCGAACACCCACGGUUGAGCGGUGUCCCGAAUCUCGAAGCCUUGAAAGAUGGAGAAGAUAAUGAUCAGACUCCCAUGAAGGUGCCUACGGAUUCCAACGAUGGAGCCGACUAUUUUUCCCAAACGCGCUCGGAAUCCCCUGCGGAGGAUAUGUCGAUUCGGUCAACAGAUGGGACCCAUGGGCUCGCUGUGAGGGGCGCAUUUGGAGAUUCCGCAUCAGGGCCGUCGCGAGAAUCAUCAAUGGAAUCAUUUUCGCGAUCUAGUGCAUUUCCCAGCCUCGCACCGCCGGUCUCUCCCUACCGUCGACCACACAGUAGCUCCCGAAGCACUCAUAUGGAGAGCUCAGACGACGACUAUACGAGCUCCAAUGCCGGUUCCACGUUCUCAAAGCCGCGAAAGAUGUCUUCCAGCAGCGCUAUGUCGAUGCCACACUCUCCCAUGUCACCUUAUCCGCGGACGCAUCCUCGUUCGCCAUCCUUGAGUUCUGAAGCUUCGAACACUGCUCCUCAUCUACCCCGUCCGUCGUUCAACUUCUCUCGGCCGAUGAGCCGCUCGAGCACGAGUCUUUCUGCACCCUCACCGGUGGGAGCUGAGGCCCCGCAUGGUGCGCUUAACAGAGAGAAUCGACCUGGACCGAUUAUGCUUCCAGAGGAUGACCGACCAAGCUCUUCGUAUGUGUACAGCAAAUAUGCGCUCCCGCGGGGCCGGUCUGUUUCCAGGAAUUCAACGGUCUUUUCAGGCUUGCAGACGCCGCAUUUUGAGUGGCAAGAGCCGUUAUUUGAGAGUUCCCCUCCUCCCAGUGCAGGAAGCAACCCUCCAAGAUUUUAUCAGUCUCGGUCUCGGUCUCCAUCACCUACUCCCGCUCGGGAAGCCAGUCUCAAGGCACCCGAACGGUCGCUGAAAGCAUCCUCUGUGCACGGCUCACCAGCAAGAAAUCUGGAAAAUGCCCAAAAUGCAUCAAAGCCACCACCUCGUCUGUCUGCGGACCUUCCCCGUUCUGAAGCGCAUGCCGACACAUCCACGGGCGAAGAUCGAGAAGAUGCAAAGUCUACUUCGGCGGGUUCCGCUAGUACACUGCGGCCACAGACCGGUAAGAGUGCAGCAUCUUCGCACCAUCUAACUGCGGAAGAGCACCUUGCCAAAGGCAUCCAGUGCCAUCAAGACGGAUCUCUGAAAGAGUCUACCUACCAUCUACGCAUUGCUGCCAUGCAAAAUCAUCCGACAGCAAUGCUGAUGUACGCUCUAGCCUGCAGACACGGCUGGGGUAUGCGCCCCAACCAGCGGGAGGGCGUUCAGUGGUUGCGAAAGGCUGUCGAUUCAGCCGGCCUGGAAGUCAUUGAUGACAGUGCGGCAAGUACAACAGCCAAGAUGAAAGACAUUGCAGACCAGAAGACACACCGCGCGCAAUUUGCGCUCAGUAUCUAUGAGCUCGGAGUCAGUCACCUCAAUGGCUGGGGAAUCGAACAGGACAAGGCUCUGGCCCUACGUUGUUUCGAAAUCGCCGGCCAUUGGGGAGAUGCGGAUGCUUUGGCCGAGGCAGGUUUUUGCUACGCAGAGGGCGUGGGUUGCAAGAAAGACUUGAAGAAGGCGGCAAAGUUCUACCGUAUGGCGGAGGCUAAGGGCAUGAAUAUAGUCGGCAACAGUUGGAUCUACAAGGACAAGUACAUGUCCGACGACGAAUCUACCCCCAAGGGGCGGGGCCGGAACGCGAGAGAUACAUCUGACAAGAAACCUCGCAACAAGUCUCGAACCCGCAGCAUCUUUGGGCGGAAGAAAUCCGUACCAGCUUAGUACUGGCGUGCGAGCGCCGGAUACAUGAGUGGCCGGUCUUUUGUCGAGGGCUUGAGCAUUCCUUUCGUACAUAAAAACAUUUCUCAGCAGAUGAUGCGGGCACCUUGGAGCGCAGGUUGUCUCUUCUGUUUGAAUCCACCAUGCGGCGUGGACAUAAUAAUCUUCGUGAUUGUUCGAUUCUUUGAUGGAUACCCUAUUUCCGACUGGAUUCCCAGUCCUCUCGUUUUCUUUUCUUUUCUUUUCUCUUCUCUUCUCCUUUUUUUUCAUUCUCUUUUUAUCGUUUGACUUGGCUUUUCCCUCCGCCCCGACUCUCACCAUUAUAAUGAUGCCCACGACGGUCACAUAUAAUUGGACAUGCUCUUCAGCGAAUGAUGCGAUC